UGUAUGGCCAGAGGACAUACAUGAUACUACCCUUUGUGGCACUGGUUGCUGCGUUAAGUACUUAUAAUGCCAAUGUAGUGCUUGUGGGAUCGAUUUGCAGGGUCUAUGGCAAUGCAUCACCCAGGUGUUAUUUCCAUGGGUUAGCUCCUCAACCUAGACAUCUAGGAUUCCUAUCGCAAUGUAGUCCUAGAGGACUCCAAAACAGUCACCAGGCCAAUAAACGUAACGUAAAUGCCAUUUACAGUCAAAAGCAUAUCUUGGACAAGGAGCGUUACAUACGCAGGCCUAAACCAGAAGGGUUUGGUAUAAAAAAAAAGAAGACCCCCGAACCUAAAUCCAAUCGCACCAAAGAGAUAGUUGAUGACUUCGCCAAGCAAUAUCCUAGCGCUAGUAUUAAGGAGUUAUGGGAGCAUUAUGAAUUCACCGGUCCUAUUAAAAAGGGUAUUGUCACUGGCAGGCUGCUUCCCGGUAAAAACAUAAAACGCCCAAACUACUAUGCUAGCGGUUUGCCUAAAUAUGUGGACUAUCCCAGGGAUGUCGACUAUCGCGGGGAGCACGACCCUCGCGGUACUAUAAAGACGGAUUCCGAGAUAGCGGGCAUACGCUAUGCGUGUCGCAUAGCACGGGAAGUCCUGGAUUCAGUGUCACCCUUGAUUGUCGAAGGCAUGUUCACGGAUUACAUUGACCGGCACAUACAUCGUAUGUGCCGGUUAAAGAAGGUAUACCCGUCGCCAUUAAAUUACCACGGGUUCCCCAAAUCAGUUUGUACAUCAAUCAAUGAGAUUGUGUGCCAUGGCAUACCCGACUCAACAGUGCUUGCAGCGGGAGACAUUAUAAACGUUGAUGUAACGGUCUAUGCCGAUGGGUUCCAUGGCGAUGUCUCGGAGACCUUUAUGGUCCUACCAGCAGAAGACCCAAAGAAGCUGGCUUCUAUGAACCAUGAUAUUGGAAUGUAUGAACGUAACAAACUGCGGUACAAUGCCAAAUUCCACGAUAAUCUCUGGGAUUCCGGAGCUACCGUGAUGACCGAAUUGAACAUACUGCAGUGUAUGGACACUGCAGUAAGGCGAUUAGGGCCUCAGGAUGGCUGGGAAGAGUGGUUUGAUAUGCUCUAUACAGGCGAUCCAGGACGAAGGCCAAUAUUUGGCACUAAGAACAAUGAUGACCUGGACCCUGUUGCCAAGAGGAUAAUGCCAGAUAUAGAGGCGUGGUACACCGCAAAUGAAGCGGUUACCUAUAAAGGACGAGUUGUAGGUGUUGUGGAAUCGCAAAUACCAACUUAUAUCGCCCCUCCGGGGCAACCUAAGCGGUAUGCCACCCUAGAGAACCCAGAGGUGAUACACCAUAUAUUCAAUAGAGUUGACCCCGAUAGAAGAAAGAAACCAUACCUCUUCACGCAUACAUUCAAGGAGGACAUCGAGCUAAUGCAAAUAACACAUGACGCCAUGAUGAAAGCAAUUGCCAUAUGCGCACCAGGGGUACCGAUAAGUCGAAUAGGCGAUGUUAUAUCAGACCACGUGGAACAAUAUGGAUUCAGGGUUGUGCCAAACCUGGUUGGACAUGGUAUAGGUCGUAAUUUCCAUGAAAAUCCAAUCAUUGAACAUACGCGAAACCAAAGUGAGGUUGUUAUGGAACCUGGUAUGGUAUUCACCAUAGAACCUAUCGUCACGCGUAGUAUGGAUUGUGAAGUUAUCACGUGGCCUGAUGGAUGGACCAUGGCCACCUCAGAUGCAAGGAAGACCGCUCAAUUCGAGCACACAGUGCUAAUAACGGACCAUGGCCAUGAAAUACUAACGCAGAGAUUACCGUCGUCACCGCCAUUGAUAUGGAAUACUGAUUUACAGGUCAUGUAUUAGACACAUGGAUGCAACAUGGG